GGAAGAUCGAUCCCAGCGAUAACACAACCCAAACCUCUGUGUUAGUUAUUAGCUGUGCAGAACAAGAAAACUUAAAAAGAAUAUCAGUGGUGAAUCAUAAGGAGGAGGAUGAAGAAAGUGUGUUCAGUUUUAGUUCUCUUCCUAUCAUUGAUGAUAAGUGGGUGUUCAUGUUUGAACCGUAGCCAAUUCCCUUCUUCUUUUUUCUUUGGGACUGCUACUUCUUCUUAUCAGAUUGAAGGAGCAUACUUGGAAGCCAACAAAGGCCUCAGCAAUUGGGAUGUAUUCACCCACUUAUCUCCUGGAGAAAUUAAGGAUGGAAGCAAUGGGAAUACAGCUGAUGAUCACUAUCAUCAAUUUUUGGAUGACGUAGAGUUGAUGCAUUCUCUUGGAGUAAAUUCGUACAGAUUCUCGAUUUCAUGGGUCAGAAUCCUUCCAAAGGGUAGAUUUGGAGAGAUCAAUUCGGAGGGUAUUGCAUUUUACAAUAAGCUUAUUAAUGCUCUCUUGCUUAAAGGAAUAGAACCAUUUGUUACAUUGCACCAUUUUGAUGUUCCUCAAGAACUAGAAGAUCGAUAUGGCGCUUGGCUAAGUCCUCAAAUGCAGGAUGAUUUCGGGUACUUCGCAGAUAUCUGCUUCAAGGCAUUUGGAGACAGAGUGAAACAUUGGAUUACACUCAAUGAAGCUAAUAUGGUGGCCCAAUAUGGGUAUUACAGUGGAAUAUGGCCUCCAAACCGAUGCUCUUACCCUGUAGGCAAGUGCAAAGCCGGAGACUCUGAAUUAGAACCUUACAUCGCUGCUCAUAAUAUGAUACUAGCUCAUGCCACAGCUACUGAAAUUUACAGAAAAAAGUAUCAGGAAAAACAAGGAGGGAAGAUUGGCAUUGUGUUACAUAUCUACUGGUAUGAGCCACUAAGAGACAUUCCAGUUGAUCGUGUGGCUGCUCAACGAGCUCUAGGUUUCAUUGCUGCUUGGUUUAUGGAUCCCAUUAUGUAUGGAGAGUACCCACCAGAGAUGCGACAAAUUGUAGGUCUAAGGCUACCAGCAUUUUCGAUGGAGGACAAGAGGAAACUGGCAAACAAAUUGGAUUUCAUUGGAAUCAACCAUUACAGCACUCUCUAUGCAAAGGAUUGUCUGCUUUCACCAUGCAAUUAUCAUGAUGAUUUACUCAAAGACACCUUUACUUAUGGAACUGGAACAAAAGAUGGAGUUCUUAUAGGAGAGCCGGUAAGAUAUGCAGAAGCUAACUAUCUAAAUAGCAAUUAAAGCAGAUGAUAAUUAAAAACAGUACUUAACAUUGCUUCUUCAUUUUUCGUUUUCUUUUUGGGUCUUUACAGACAGCAAUACCUACGUUCUAUGUUGUUCCAAAUAGCAUGGAGAAGACAAUCACGUAUUUCAAAGAUAGAUACAACAACACGCCCAUGUUCAUCACAGAAAACGGUAUAUCAGAAAAUUAAAUUGCAAUUACCAUUUUGUUAUCUUCUGCUGACUUAAAUUUGUGUAAUCUUGCAACUAUCAAACAGAUAUUUGAAAUUCAGUCUAAUGAUAAUAUAUACAUGCUAAUUGUAGGAUAU